UAACAAGUGACUUUUACACCAUCUUUUGGCACAAUUGGAAAUAGCACUGCAGAAAAAACAGCUGUUUGUGACGUUUGCAUCUCGGAAGAGCCAUGCGCACAUCUAUCUCUUUCUAAACAAAUUGUACCGUUCGCACAUGUGUAUUUUCUUCAUGGAACUGCAAUACCAAUAAUUCUCGUCUCGCUUUGUGGAAGUUUGCUCGUGUGUUUCGUUACGUUCACGGAACUUUGUGUAUAAUUAAUAAAUAAAAUGCCUUUUAUAUCAAAAGACUGGCGUUCGCCUGGUGAAGUGUGGGUGAAAACCCAAGAAGGCUGGGAGAAGAAAAAGGUUCUCGAAUGCACAACACAAAGAUAUGCCGCUAUAACUAAUUAUAAUAACCCAGAUGAUAAAGAACAAAAAUGGAGUGACGAAGAUGGCGACAAAAGUUCAGAGGAUGAGGUUCCGAGGGUGCCACCUCACUGCCAUAUUACAAUUAAAUGCACAAGAGAGAUCGCAGGAUUUAACGGCCUAUCAGAAGCGGUUCGUCGUUUGGACUUCUCAUCAGCUGUCCGCGAUGUCAGACGAUUCAAUUACAUCUGCGCAUUGUUAGAGCUACUUGUGUGUGGCCAGAGACUGACCCAUCUGCCUGGAGCCGCGCAGAAAUUGCUCCUGUCUAUGCUUGAACAGCUUGCGGAUCAAGUUGCAACAUCGAAGCAGAACUUAAACGCCCUAAGAGCGUUAGUGGUGGGUGUGACGGCUCUUCGUGAGGCCGAACGCCGCUCGUGCUGGGGUCGCCCGUUGGGGUCACGCGCCUUAUGGGGUCACCACGACCAUGCGAUCGCACGUAUUCAUAGGAUUGUUAACAGUAUUCGGAUACAGGAGCCUGGUCCGGAAGUAGUGCCUAAGCUUCAUGACUUACCUGAGGAAUGCAUCAGGGAGAUUCUACUGAGAAUAUCGGACCACAGGGAUUUAGAUUCAGCGUCGUCAGCCUGGUCUGUGAUGGCGUCACUAUGUUCGGAGCAUCGUGUGUGGCGGGAAUUGGUGAAUUUCCACUUCACGUCGCAGCAGAUCGACUCUGUUCAGAAGACCGAUGCAAAUACUGACUGGAAGAAGCUCUUCCAUCAGCUCCGGAGGUUGUACGGACUACGCGAAGACGCGCAGUACGCCGAGACAUUGUCUCUUUGUAGACAUUGCAAAUGUCUAUUUUGGCGUUCGCUGGGACAUCCUUGUAUAGCGGAUCAGUGUCCCGAGUAUCGAGAGCGCCUGAAAGAAGCCGGUGGGCCUUUGCCCCCUCACCCAGUUCCGCCCGCAGCUUUCCUAAAGUUUUUCUCGCUGUAAAAUAAUAAACUGUAGCAAACAGUAACUCAAAUCCAAAUAAUAUCUAAAUUAAUCCCUUAUUAGAAAAUACUAUGAUUUUUAUAACUUCACUACUCAAAACUUAUAUUAUCCAUAUAUGUUCAAUUGCAAAAAUUGCUUACAUUUGAAUGUUUUGAAAAAAAAAGAUACUUAUAUGGAAAUUUAACCUUUAUCUGUAGUUUCAUUUGAAGUUGAAGUACUAUAUUAACUAUAACUGAUAAUGCAAGAUACACAUUGAAAUUGGUCAUCUGUUUUCGUUGUUACAACAUUAUGUUAUUAUUAUUCUCAUAUCCCCAUAAUUUACCCGAGUCAAAAGUUUGAGUUACUGUUUGUGGUUUAGAAUUAAAUGUUACCUAAAACAUGUGAUAAACUCGAUGGUUUACUUUCACCGAGGGUGUUAUAUUUGAAAAACAUGUUACUUUUAUUCUAACAUACUAAAACAUAUAAAAUUUAACCAUUGAUUUUGAUUAAAGGGCAUAAUGUAAUUUAAUUAUUGAGUGAAUUAUUAAUAAAAAUAUAUUUCUCCUGUUUUAUAGUCUUGUUUAAGGUUUUGGAAAAUAUUGUGCAAUAUUAUGGUUAGGCAUUGUUGGCAUGGCAGGUCAUAUAUAAUAAUAAUUGCUAUAUGGUUUAUAUUUGGCUAUUAAGUCCUAAAUUACCACUAUUUAAGAACUAGGCAGCUUAAUAUGUUAAAAUCGCUGAAAAUGUGUUCAUUUUAUCUAAUUUGAUACUAUUAUACUGUCUUGAGUCUAAACACUAAUUAAGCAUCACAUAAGAAUUUAUUAAUAUGUAAUCAUAACUAACAUAAUAAAUGUAAAUGUAGGAUUCUACACAUUGAUGAAUCUUCAAAAUGUGUUUGUGGAAAUAUAAGUGUAACACCUACCCUCUAAAUAUGCUAUAAAUUAUUAGUCAGAUUUUUGCACCUGUUUCAUUUAUUGAAUAAAUUUAUAGCCAAGAUAAUCCAACUGUGUCUGGCACAUAUAAUUUCAUAAAAUAACUUGAAAUUAUAAAAUAGAGGGUUAUGUCAUCGUAACUAAAAUUGUGAAUAUUUUAUGCAAACCGCACCAGUAUUCUUAAAUUAAUUUCACAUCUCAGGUUUUAGAUCCUGUAACCACAUUUUUAUAAUUAUGAAAACUAGUAGAUUGAAUCAAACAUGUUUGUCUACUUUUAUUUAAUAACUACCAUUACCAUAAAUUGUACUGUGACACACCAUGACAAAUGUUUAAAAUUAUCAUACUGUUAUGGGAUGUAAGUAAUGUGCUAAAAGGUGCAAAGUAAAACAAGCAUACCUUUAUGGUGUUGGUCUAAAGAAUACAGCUUAUUGCUGAAUAUUGUGUUUAAAUAUUUUGACUGUAUCUGACAUAGUUUAUAAUUAUUUAGUAAAGGAUGUCUUUUAAAGCCAUUGGGCUUUCUAAUAUAAUGCAUAUAAGAUGUAUGCAAACUAGUUAUAAAACUGAAUAAAAAUUAUGAUCUCUAAAUACAUAUUUUGACUGUUCAAUGCAAUAAAUGCAAGUAGUGAAAUUAAAUGAGAUAUUUUUCUAUUGCUAAUUAACAUAACAUUUCUAAGCAAUGGUUUGGCACACUAUUUAUCAAGUACAUUAGCCAUAACCAUUAAAAGUAUAGAAAAUAUUGACAAUUUAUCUAAGCAUAGGUUGUAAUAUUUAGACAGCUCUCUACAUUAACUGAUUUGUUUCUUAACUGAUGUUUGAUAUGUAAGAACAUCUGGCCUAAAAUUAAAUGAUGUAUUGUCCAAUGGUUUAAAUAGAAUGCCACUAUUCUGGUGUAAGUGUAUAGAUUUACUUACUAUUCUGUCUUAUCAAAAUUUAUAUAAUAAAUAUGCUAAAUAUUUAAAAACAGUGUUGUAAACAGUUUUGUAAAAGUUCAUUGAAUAUUUACAAUCCUAGAGUUAACAGAAGUGAUUAGAAGAAUAGUGAGUAAAACAUUGUUAGAAUAUGUCUAAGUCUGAUUAAAAUUGUUCAUUGUAGAAUCAUAGAGUAGCUGUUAAUAUUGUGAUAUUUUAAGAUAAUCUUACGGAAAUGGAUUUGUGUUUUAUUGUAUGUUUAGAAAUGUAGUAUUUUUUUGUCCUUGUAGUUACUUUUUGUUUGGUCUGUGAUUGUGAUUUUAUUGGAUUUUUUUCACCUAUUUAAAAUAAAGUUAUUUUAGA